AUGGCUAAGGGUUGGGGAAGGACGGUGGUUAUCGGGAUGGAGAUGCAGGGGGCGCCAUUGACCCUCAACUCUUAUGAGCUCCUCAGAGGCAAAACUAUCGUGGGUUCAAUGUUCGGAGGAAUUAAAGCCAAGACCGACAUUCCAAUUCUUGCCAAAAAAUACAUGAACAAGGUACUGAAGCUUCUCCUUUUCCUCCUCAUCUGCCAUUAA